AUGACUUCGUUACUGCAACCAAUGGACCAAGGCAUUAUCUACAACAUGAAACAACAUUACAGGAAACGUAUUUUAACUAAUAUAUUGGCUCAACUGGAUGGGGGAACUUCUGUUUUUACCAUAGACUUACUCCACGCUAUUCGAAAUUUAAGCUCUGUAUGGGAUGUCUAUGUUAAACCAGAAACAAUUCCCAACUGUUUUAGAAAGGCAGGAUUUUCAAAAGAUGCCAUGCAGAAUCCAUCUGAGCAGUGGGAUGAAGAAGACCUUUCAAUAGCGGAUUUGGCUGCUUUGCAGUCAUCAUUUAAAAAAGUAACAAAUAUCGAGUCAUCAUUUGAGGACUAUGUCAAUGUUGAUAUUGAUGUGCCGAUCUCGGAAAACCCGUCCGAGGAAGAUAUCCUUAGCAGCGUUCUAGAAAGUCGCGGAGUUCCAGCUGUACCUGAUAUCGAUGAAGUCGAUUUGGACACUGAAGAAGAAAUGGCAGAUACUGAUGAGGCAUUACCUACAUUAGGACAAGUUUCUUCUUCCAUUAACUGUAUUAGAACCUUUGUGGAGAUGAAAAGUGACGUACCGAUUAAUGUUUUUAACUGUCUAAAUGAUUUGGAAGCUUUUGUUGAAAAUGAAAAAUGGAAGAAUGUAAUUCAAACCAAACUUACUGAUUAUUUUAAAUAA